CUUUAUUACUUGAUUUUAUUUUAUUUUAUACCUAUUCGUAUUGGAUUGGACAAGAUUUAGGAUAUCAGAAAUCAGAGAUUGCUUGAAAAUAUAAACACGGGUUUGAGUGUACAAAACAGUUGUUUAUGUGUGACUAACCUACUUGUACCAAAAUCUAUGGCCUUUAACUUGUUAUAUCUACAAAAACGUAAGGAAAAAAUCCAAAUGGAAUUCCCAAUUUAUUUAUCUAUUCACGUCAUCCUGUUUGGACAAUCUGAAAUAAAACGGGGGCAUCUGAGGAAGGGAGCAACAGUGUGCUUACAGUGUUCACGUUAGAAUUUCAUAAAAUUCGCAAUAAAAGUAUGUGGCGAUCGGCUUCGAUGGGCGCGCGGCUGUGCGCCGGGCUGGCGCUGGCGAUGUCGCUGGCACUCGGCGCCGGUCGCCGCGACUACAAGGACCCGGAGGCACGCCACCACUCCGACCUCUCGCUCUGGAUAGAUGAGCGACAAGUUCGGAUGUUCAGUGGCAUAUCAAUGCAAGUAUUCGCCAUAAUAAACGGGCACGUAUCACCAUACGUGUUGGACCCGAACUUCUCAAACAAACUACCAGUGAUACCAUCUGAAGUGGGCUACGUCAACUUUACAUGGAAAUCCAAGAAGCGGUACUAUUACGACUUUGAUAUUUUGACGUCAUCAGACCUGACUAUACUGAAACCACCUGUCCUGUCCAUAAAGACCCGCGGACGGGUGCCUAAAACUUCUAAAGAAUUCAGUAUAAUUUUGCCAUGUGUGGGCAAUAAUAGCGGUGUGGCCACAUUUGAAAUAGGCCUUGUGCUAAAAAAUGGCCGCGGUUUGCCGCUUAAAGGCACCCCACUUAGAUUACACCUAAAGAAGGAAUGCGCACAGAGAGGUGUGUAUUUAGAAAGGACAGGGCCGGAUCCGGAGUGCGACAAAAAAUGUGCGAAUCAGGGGUGGUGCAAUAACGAGAAGAUAUGUCAAUGUCCUGAAGGAUACAUGGGGCAGGACUGUAGGACGGCGCUGUGUUACCCGCAGUGCAUGAAUGGAGGGAACUGCACCGCGCCCGGAGUCUGCUCCUGUCCGCCAGGGUACCAGGGACGGAAUUGUGAAGGAGGUAUAUGCGCUCAAAAAUGUCUAAAUGGCGGCAAAUGUAUACAGAAGGACACCUGCGAAUGUCCGAAGGGGUACUAUGGAUUACGUUGUGAAUUUUCAAAAUGCGUGAUCCCGUGCUUGAAUGGUGGUCGGUGUAAAGGGGUGAACAAAUGUCGGUGUCCUGUGGGACUGGGCGGUAACCACUGCGAGGUGGGGCGACGGGUGGGCGACUGCUCGUGCAGGGGGGAGUCUUGUGCGGGCCAGCACACGUGUCGACACGGCCGCUGUGUGGCCGGCGCCUGUGUCUGCGAGCCAGGGUGGAGGGGGCGCUGGUGUCAUAGGUCCACAGGAUCAUCAGAAGAGUCCGGUGAAUACAAGAGGCCACGAUGAAAUGCUGACGAAACUACUUAAUAAUGUGAUUUUAAUUAAUUUUAUAAAAAAAAAAUACUUUAUACAUAUUUUGUAACAUUGAUAAAUUAGUCAUUUAGAUGAUAAGUUCUACGCCACUUAGACUUUGUAAUUAGAUUAUUUUAUGAAAUAAUAUAAAAUAUUAGACAUAGGUACAAUUUGUAAACUUGUU